AUGACAGUCGAUCUAGAUCAAUAUCUCAAACCCGGUAAAGAUCACUACGUAGCAUUAGGUCUUGAAGGAUCUGCAAAUAAGCUAGGUGUUGGAAUUAUUAAACACCCAAAGGGACAAUUAUCUGUUCUGAAUCGAGCUGAAGUAUUAUCUAAUAUCAGAGACACUUAUAUAACACCACCAGGAGAAGGGUUUCUACCACGAGAUACAGCAAGACAUCAUCGUAAUUGGGUGGUGCGAGUUAUUAAAAGAGCUCUAGCCACUGCUAAAAUCAGAGGAUCAGAUAUUGAUGUCAUUUGUUUUACUCAAGGUCCUGGAAUGGGGGCACCAUUACAAAGUGUCGUGAUGGCAGCAAGAACAUUGGCACAAUUAUGGGAUUUACCAUUAGUUGGAGUUAAUCAUUGUGUAGGACAUAUUGAGAUGGGACGUGAAAUCACAGGAGCAAAUAAUCCAGUUGUGUUAUAUGUGAGUGGUGGAAAUACACAGGUUAUUGCUUAUUCGAAACAACGAUAUAGAAUAUUUGGUGAAACUUUGGAUAUUGCCAUUGGUAACUGUCUUGAUCGAUUUGCAAGAACUUUGAAAAUCCCUAAUGAACCAGCACCUGGGUACAAUAUUGAACAAAUGGCAAAGAGAGGUAAGCAUUUGGUAAACUUGCCGUAUACUGUCAAAGGAAUGGAUCUAUCCAUGUCUGGGAUAUUAGCUUACAUAGAUGGAGUCGCUAAAGACUUGUUCAAUCAAAAGCAAAGCAAAAAUCUCAUUGAUGAAGAUACUGGUGAACCAAUCACUGCCGAAGAUUUAUGUUUUUCAUUACAAGAGAUCUUAUUUAGUAUGUUGGUGGAGAUAACCGAACGUGCAUUGGCCCAUGUCGAUAGCAAUCAAGUACUAAUUGUUGGGGGUGUGGGGUCAAAUGAACGAUUACAAGAAAUGAUGAAGUUGAUGAUUGAAGAUCGCAAAAAUGGACAAAUAUUUGCCACUGAUGAACGAUUUUGCAUAGAUAAUGGUAUUAUGAUUGCACAUGCGGGAUUAUUGCAAUAUAGAAUGGGACAAACUAAUGACCUCAUGGAUACUGUUUGUACACAAAGGUUCAGGACAGAUGAAGUAUUUGUCAAGUGGAGAGAUGAUUAG